AUGGCCGGCGUUAGGAGCCUCGUGCUGCUCCUCCUGGUGCUCGCCGUCGCGCUGUCCGCCUCCGCCUCGUCCAUCGCCGGCGGGGACCACCUGCAGCUCGGCCUCCUCUCCGGCGGCGCUGGCCGCGGGGAGUGCAGGGGCACCGUGGCCGAGUGCGGCGGGGAGGACGCGGAGGGGGAGCUCGGGUCCGCGUCGGCCGAGGCGCACCGCCGCGUGCUGCAGGGCCGCGGCUACAUCAGCUACGGCGCGCUGCGCAGGGGCACCGUCCCCUGCAACCGCCGCGGCGCCAGCUACUACAACUGCCGCCCCGGCGCCCAGGCCAACCCCUACCACCGCGGAUGCUCCCGCAUCACCCGCUGCCGCGGCUAA